GUGUCCGGCACCUAGGCGCCGGCGGAUAUGGCGUCUUCGCAGACGCCUUGUUUUUAGUUCAUAAACACUCGCGGCAGGCCGCGCACAGCGCUCUUCUCUGCCCUCCCUCCCCCCUCCACCUCAGCUCAUCCCUACGCGGGGGCUCACCGGUACGCUGGAGGGCGAUGGCACCAAUCCCGCUGACGAACACCGUCAUCGCCUCGCUCGCGCUCACGAGCGCGCUCUGGGGCAUCUUCUUCCUCCUCUCGAUCGCGUCGACGUACUACCUCCUCUCGCGCCGCCGCGAGACCGCGCACGGCGACCUGCAGUCCCGCAAGACGGAGAAACGGCUGGGCCUGCUGCUCGUUGCGUCGGGGUGCAUAUUCACGUUCGUCACUGGGCACUGGAUCAUGACGAUAUACAUCUUCUUCCACGCGUUCGCGAUCUACGAGGGCGGCACGAAUCCGAUGGGCUACUACACGCAUGCGGGGGAGCGCGCCGAGGGCGCACAGACGGCGUUCCUGCUCGCUACGUUGAUCACAGUCGACGCUAUCCUGAUAUACAGGCUCUGGAUGGUCUGGAACCGGCACUUUCUCGUGAUCGUCUUACCGUGCAUGUCGCUCGUCGGUCUCAUCGUCACCGGUGGAUUUCAGACGUACGAGUUUGCCUCCGCGAGCAUCGCGGGGAACGAGUUCGACCCAGUCGUCGCUCGGUGGAUUCUGGCGGUCUGUUCUUUUAUAUUAACUACAAACGUCUACUGCACAACCAUGAUCGUCUACAGAAUAUGGAGCACCAAAAGGGACACCGUUAAAGCAGGAAGCAUUGGCGAAAACUCGGUCUACGCCGUCCACACAUUCAUCGAGAGCUCCGCCAUAUACGCGAUAUGGACGAUCUUCUACUUCAUCGUAUACGCCGCCGGCUCCAACCUGAACGCGAUGGGAACAGACUGCCACGCGAUCGUCGCGGGCAUCUCGUUCAUGCUGAACAACGCGCGCGUCGGGUUCGCGAGAGACAGGAGCGAUCGGAGGGAGCAGCAGCAGCUGGCGGAUAUCGCGCCGAGUAUGCAUUUUAGUGCGGUUUUUCCGCCGGACUCUGUGUCGGAGGAUGUGUCGAUAGGGAGUCGACGGUUACGAUAACGAUGACUGAAGAUCUGACCUGUAGCAACGAUUGUAACGUUUAUAGCUCGAGGCUGUUCGAGCUCAUGCAAUACUAGAAGCACC